AUGUACAGAAACUUACCUCCGAGCUACGGGUCCGUCCCUGGCGAAAGAUUUCCCUUCAUCUGUACCCUCGUCGAAGGCAUGCGGUUCUGUAAAGACAUACCUGCCAGGCGUGAGGGCAAUCUCAUCUGCACGUUACCCGCUCCCCACCUGGAUCCACUUGCUUCGACCCGUAACGGUAGUCAGUGUGUUAACUGGAACGCAUACUACAACAUAUGUCGUAUUAGUGGACAAAACCCAAACUUGAACUCUAUAAACUUUGACAACAUCGGCUACUCCUGGAUCGCCGUUUUCCAGUCUGUCACACUGGAAGGCUGGUCUGACAUAAUGUACUAUGUGAUGGACGCACACUCCUGGUGGAGUUUUGCGUAUUUCGUCGUCCUCACAAUUGUAAGUUUCUGUCUGUAUGAGCUGGCAAUCUAUGGAGUCUCAAAAAAGCCUCAGGGCAAAAGGUUGUAGUGAAAAAUGGACAUUUCGUAUGCGAUGCUCAACAACUGAGAUUUUCCCGUCUGUAAAUGAUUCGUUAAGUAGUUUUUUUUAGAUCAUAGGGUUUUUUUUUUUUUUUGCGCGCUACCUCACAUUAGUAUUGCAAUAAGUUUUAUGUUCCAUUGCAAUAAAUUAGCAAAUACACCCUAUUUUGUAUACAGUCAGUACUAACAAAUGCUAAUUUAAAAUGGUACACCUUUAAAGAGCACGCUUGUACAUUCUUAACUCUUUGGUUAAAAUGAACGUGUUAACUGCGUAUUCAUAGAACUGCACGUGACAACAGCCCAUUGUUAACUAUUCGGGUAAAUAAACACAAAAAAGACACAAUCAAAACUGUCAGAUGGAUUUAUUACCCCAU